GGUGGCAACGAUGGGAACCACCGGCCAUUCGCCAGCGAAGCGAUAGUAAUCGAUAGCAGCGAGCAGUUUUGUUUUAUUGCCGAAAAUCUCGCCAUGGAGAACAAGAAUCGCCUCGUGGUCUACGACUGCGACAUCGGAACCGACGAUGCCUGGGGCCUGGCCAUGAUGCUGCGGGCGGAGGAGGUGCUCCUGCCGGGCGGCCGGCGCUCCAAGGUGGUGGCCAUCACGACGGUGAACGGGAACACGGACGUGGAGAACGGGACGCUGAAUGCCCUGCGGGUUCUGCACACCCUGAACAGGCGGGAUGUGCCCGUUUUCAGGGGCUGUGCCGACUCCAUUGUGCCGCGCACCUGGCAGUACACCUACCGAUUCCACGGGCAGGACGGCUUCCACGAUGUGGGCAACUAUCCGGAGGUGAAUCUGGAGCAGGAACUGCAGCCGGAGCACGCCGUCAAUGCCAUGUACCGCCUGGCCAGCGAGAAUCCCGGCCAGGUGGACUUUCUGCUCUGCGGCCCGCUGACCAACUUUGCCAAUUGCAUAAAUUUGUAUGGCAGCGCGUUUCUGGACAAGAUCGGCGGCGUCUACAUAAUGGGCGGCAACAUCUUCGGCAAGGGCAACGUGACCAAGAGCGCCGAGUUCAACUUCAUGAUGGAUCCCGAGGCGGCGCACAUCACCCUGGAGCGCCUGCGUCGGCCGGCCCUCAUCCUGCCCUGGGAGCCCUGCAUCGACGGCGAGCUGGGCGUGACCCUCGACUGGCGCCUCAACGUCCUGGGCGCCGUCGAGCAUCCCUUCGUGGAGCUGCUGACCCGCGCCGAGCGCUCGAUGCUGGAGCCGCGCGGCUUCGUCAAGUGGAUCAGCUGCGACUCCCUGCUGACGGCCGCCUACCUCUUCCCGGAGGCGAUGAUCGACGACCAGCGGGACUACUACGCCACCGUGGAGCUGAGUGGCCUCCACACCCGUGGCCAGAUGGUGCUGGAUCACCUGCGCGGCCGCACGGUGGACGCCACCCAUGGGAAGCCGAGCAAUGUGCGCGUCGUGAGGCGCCUCAAGGGCGAGCAUUUCCGCACGAUCAUCGGCUGGACGGGAUUCCUGCCCAACACCGAUGUCGCACAUCUUUGUGUCUGAUAUAUCUAUAGUAAUACAUGUGUAUAUUAUGAAGAUAAAA